CCUCGCGCGGGGAAGGACCGGAACUCCGGGCGGGCGGCUUGUUGAUAAUAUGGCGGCAGGAGCUGCCUGGGCUUCUCGAGGAGGCGGUGGGGCCCACACCCGGAAGAAGGGUCUCUUUUCAGGCUAGUGCGGCGGCCGCUGCGGACCCGGAAGUCCGGGCCGGUUGCUGAAUGAGGGGAGCCGGGCCCUCCCCGCGACAGUCCCCCCGCGCCCUCCGCCCCGACCCGGGCCCCGCCAUGUCCUUCUUCCGGCGGAAAGUGAAAGGCAAAGAACAAGAGAAGACCUCAGAUGGCAAGUCAGUUAAAGCUUCAAUAUCUGUACAUUCCCCACAAAAAAGCACUAAAAAUCAUGCCUUGCUGGAGGCAGCAGGACCAAGUCAUGUUGCAAUCAAUGCCAUUUCUGCCAACAUGGACUCCUUCUCAAGUAGCAGGACAGCAACACUUAAGAAGCAGCCAAGCCACAUGGAGGCCGCUCAUUUUGGUGACCUGGGCAGAUCUUGUCUGGACUACCAGACUCAAGAGACCAAAUCCAGUCUUUCAAAGACUCUUGAACAAGUCUUACAUGACACAGUUGUCCUUCCUUAUUUCAUUCAAUUCAUGGAACUUCGGAGAAUGGAGCAUUUGGUUAAAUUUUGGUUAGAGGCUGAAAGUUUUCACUCUACGACUUGGUCUCGAAUAAGAGCACACAGUCUGAACACAGUGAAGCAGAGCUCAUUGGCCGAGCCUGUCUCUCCAUCUAAAAAGCACGAAACUACAACGUCUUUUAUAACUGAGUCUCUUGACAAGAGAUUGGAGGAUUCUUGCUCAGCCCAGUUGCUUAUGACUCAAUCAGAAGGAAUUGACGUGAAUAAUAGAACUAGCAACAUUCAGAAUCACUUGCUGCUUUCCCGGGAAUGUGACAGUGCCCAUUCUCUCCAUCUUGAAAUGGCCAGAACAGGAACUCAUCAACUUUCCAUGGAAACCCAAGAAUCCUCCUCCAGACUUCUAGUAGCCAGUAGAAAUAGUCCUUCUUCACCACUAAAGGACUUAUCAGGAAAAUUAAUGAAAAGCAUAGAACAAGAUGCAGUGAAUACUUUUACCAAAUACAUAUCUCCAGAUGCUGCUAAACCAAUACCGAUUACAGAAGCAAUGAGAAAUGACAUCAUAGCAAAGAUUUGUGGAGAAGAUGGACAGGUGGACCCCAACUGUUUUGUUGUGGCACAGUCCAUAGUCUUUAGUGCAAUGGAGCAAGAGCACUUUAGUGAGUUUCUGCGAAGUCACCAUUUCUGUAAAUACCAGAUUGAAGUGCUGACCAGUGGAACUGUUUACCUGGCUGACAUUCUCUUCUGUGAGUCAGCCCUCUUUUAUUUCUCUGAGUACAUGGAGAAAGAGGAUGCAGUGAAUAUCUUACAGUUCUGGUUGGCAGCAGAUAACUUCCAGUCUCAGCUGGCUGCCAAGAAGGGCCAGUAUGAUGGACAGGAGGCACAGAAUGAUGCCAUGAUUUUAUAUGACAAGUACUUCUCCCUCCAAGCCACACAUCCUCUUGGAUUUGAUGAUGUUGUGCGAUUAGAAAUCGAAUCCAAUAUCUGCAGGGAAGGUGGGCCACUCCCUAACUGUUUCACAACUCCAUUACGUCAGGCCUGGACGACCAUGGAGAAGGUCUUUUUGCCUGGCUUUUUAUCCAGCAAUCUUUAUUAUAAAUAUUUGAAUGAUCUCAUCCAUUCGGUUCGAGGAGAUGAAUUUCUGGGAGGGAACGUUUCACUGGCUGCUCAUGGCUCUGUCGGCCCUCCUGAUGACUCUCACCCAGGCGGUUCUGAUGGCUCAGCUUCUCAGUCCAGUAUGAAAAAAGCCAGUGUUAAAAUUCUGAAAAAUUUUGAUGAAGCGAUCAUUGUGGAUGCUGCCAGUUUGGAUCCAGAAUCUUUGUAUCAGCGGACAUAUGCAGGGAAGAUGACAUUUGGAAGAGUAAGUGACUUGGGGCAAUUCAUCCGAGAAUCUGAGCCUGAACCUGAUGUGAAGAAAUCAAAAGGAUCCAUGUUCUCACAAGCUAUGAAGAAAUGGGUGCAAGGAAAUACUGAUGAGGCCCAAGAAGAGCUAGCUUGGAAGAUUGCUAAAAUGAUAGUCAGUGAUGUUAUGCAACAGGCACAAUAUGAUCAGCCCUUAGAGAGGUCUACAAAGCUAUGACUCAAGACCUGAGAUAAAGGAAAUCUGCUUUUGAAAAAUAAGAGAACUUUUUUCCUUUGGUUGGAUUCUUCAACACAGCCAAUGAAGACAAAGCACUGUAUUUCUUUUCACGAAUAUAUCACUGUUGUUCCCAAGAAAGAAUGGCAGACAAUCCUAGACUUCCAUCCUAAGCAGAGUGACAUGUAGACAUUUGCUGCACAUGAUGUUCACACAGUGAAAGUCAUAAAGAGACAAAGUGGUAUUGUUUACAUUACUAGAAAACUAAUAGCUUUCCAAUGGCAAUAACCCAUUUACGAAAGAAUUUUAGUCCACUGGAAUAGACAGGGACCACAUACUGUGGGAGGCAGACAAGCGCAGAGCGGAUACCCGAUGCCCAUUCUGUAGCGGUAACCCAUCCCUAAAAGUAUCAUAAAGCAGGUACCAGAAGUGCUUUGCUUUGGCCUCCUAAACCAACAGGUGAGUCAGCCCCUCCGAGAGCCAGGCAGCUCAGGGAGGCAGCGUGGUGCUAGCGGGUUGUUUUCCUUCAGCGGCAUUGUGCAUUCGCAGAGGCAUUAAUUUGGGAGGAAGCCAGCUGAUAGGUCAUCUCAGUGGCAUCGUCCUUCCCUGUGGUGACAGCAUACACUUUUUACAUUUUAAUUGCUCCUAAAAUGCAGUAUACUGAAAACCAGGCUCUCCCCUGCUAACAAAAAAGAGGAGUCUCCUUUGCUUUGCGCAUCAGGACCUGCUCUUCUGGAAUACUCCUCCAGGUUACUUCACUUUCCCUUCAGAAUACGUGUGGGAAGGAAUGUACAGUAACAGCCACUCCCGUUUCCCCUGUGGUACCUUGGACAAAAUGUUUGUUCCCAGACUAUGCGGUUUUUGUUUUGUUUCUUCUUUUUUCUUUCUUUCUUUUUUUUUUGUAAAUUAAGAAUAUUGACAAGCAAGGGUUGGGGGCGGGAAGAGCACCCAGCCUCGGCUGCCUCCCCCUUCUCCGCUGUGCAGUUGGUGGCCUUUUUGCUUUCUGUCUUUCGGAUAGUAGGCGACCCCCUGCCUGCCCUUCCACUCAGUCGGCUACCGGGUCCGGACCUCGCCGCCGUCAGCAGGCCUGCCCCAUUGGCGAGCACACUCCACUGGCCAGACGGUGCCAACACCUCCUCGCUGCGCGUGACUGUUUGAGGGGAAGGAACGUUCUCUUAGGCGUUACUGCUUUUGCUCAGACUUUGCAAAAAAGAAAACAAAAAAAGAUAUAUAUAUAUAUAUAUAAAUAUAUAAUUAUUAAUCACCUCUGUCCUUGAGAAAGUCUUGAAUGAAUAGAGAUUUUAUUCCAUUGCAAUAUUUGAUUGUAUAGAGGCACACUGUUUCAUCGACAGAAGAAGCAAAAGGCUGUGUAUAAGUUUUUGGUACUGUGUACCACCACUGUUAUUCUUCUAAAGCGAAGUAUUCAUGUACUUAACCCAUAUUCUAUUUAAUUGUGUUUGAUUUUAAAAAUAUAUAUAUAUGAAUUAUAUUUAAAAUGGUGUCAACUUUCUGCUUUCAGGGCACUCGUGGCUCUUCUCCUGAAACGUGUUGAUUCUUCCAAAUAUUUCCGUUUGCUUUACAAAAACCCAGACACGAGCCACUCCUGGACUGAGCCCUGUGUUUGGAGUGAAUGGCAUAGACCUGAGGUUUUAUUAGGUGUAUUUGCUGUGACUAACUCGUUUUGUUCUUUUAACACAAUGUUGCCAUCCUUUCACUUUGCUUCAACCUUUAAGUAAGAGAAAAGCAAUAUAAAGGUCAUAGAAUAAAAUGUGGUUUUGGGUGACUCUUGCUGCCUCUGCAUGUUUUGGAAUAACAAUUUCUGUAAGACUCCAGGCUAAUUUAAACUACUGCUUUUAGUUAAGAGUGUAUAUAGUCCUUUGUAUACAUUUUGUGCUUCCGAGCUAGAGACAUCGGUGGUUGUAAGAUUCUUACACAGAGAAGAGUAGCAAGUUUGAGACUUGGUUACUUUUUUCUGCCCCACCUGCUGUGGGACACAGAGGCAGAUUGUGGCCUGAAGUUACUAGGCAGAGUUAAUAUUUGAUGGGAAGUAGACCCUUGGACUUCUUUUAAAACUGGAAUGGGAUGCGAUAUAACAUUGAGCACACAGUGUGCUCCAGGCUCUAUGCAGCGCGCCCACAAAAUAUGCUGCCUCUGCAGGCUCUCAUAGGUUCAAGGAAUCAUUUGAACCCCAUCCGUAUCAUGUUGUUGACAUCAACGCAAAUCGUUAAGAAAGAAGAGGUGUUAGUAAAGCAGUGGUCCCUUCUGUAACUUACCACGUCUUCAAUCACUCCUGUAAGAUUUGAUGAAAAGUGAAAAGCAAAUGUCAACUGAGUCCAGUGAUGAGUGAUAAAGCAGGGAGCAACGUUUUGCCGCUUUUUCUCCUUGGGUUUCAACAUUCAGUAGAGCUUUAUGAAAUGGAGGCAGUGUCCAUUUCUGGAGCUGUGACUAGUUCAGUAAGAAUUUGGAGGGGAAGGUCACUCUGGAUUGCAGAAAAUUACAAUCUUCUUUGUUGUCUUAUUUCAGUACAGCUAGCUGAGCACCUGCUGAAGCAGCUGACCUUUUCUCUCUAACGACACUGUUUGGGGGAUACCCGCCUGACUCACGCUGGCAUGUCUGCACACAGUGACCUUUUCCCUUUCCUCCCUCCCCCACACACCAGUUGAUUAGACCAGGGUUGAACUGACCCAAACAGGCCCAAGAAAAUUCUUUAUCUUAACAGUUUUGCAAGGGGAAGGAGAGUGACCCUCUGGGAUUGCAGCUGGUAUGGGGCGCUUAGAAGGCGGGGACCCAUGAGCUGCACCGCAUGACAAGCAGAGAGGCUUAAAAUAGAAAUACAGAAACAUGAGUGCGAGUGGGCCAGAGGGGCCACCCCAGUGGCCUCGAGGACUUGGCUGGCUUCUGGAUCUGGUUCUCCAUCUUUGCUGUGAACUCUGCUAAUCCCUCAGGUAUCCUUAGAAUGCAUUUUGGCUUUUCAAAAGUCCGUCUGAAGUGAAUUUUUAUUACAUGCGACCAAAAGGACCUUGACUAAAGUACUGCCAGAUUGUUCUAAUUACUCAUGAUCGUGUCCUCAGUGUGUUUGCAAAGUACCACUGAAUUCUGGAGCAUUCUUCUUUCGUAAACCUUCCUUGGUCAUUUUGUGAAUUCUCGAAAUGGAAUCCUAAACUCAUGGAGCUAAAAGACACUCCCUCAUUUAUAUAGGGAGGAGUUACUCAGGCCUAGGAAAAGGGGAGGUCUAAGUCCCUGUUAGAACUCAGGCCUUCCGGACCAGGGCCGCCUCUUGCUUCCCAACAUCCCUCCAAAGGAUAAGCACCAUCCCCGCUUGUAACAACUAUAAUAAACCCAGAAAUAGAGGACAUUUCUAUCAAUGAGUAACAUAAUUAAUAAGCUUCAAAUGAUGGGAGGGCAGUGAUUAUCAAAAACAGGUCAAUGCUGACCACUUCUACAUACAAGACAAGAUGUCUGGCCUUUGGCUGGAGCCAUAAGUAGGAGUCAAUCCCAGCAAAACCCUCAAGUUUACAACUUAGGAGACCCCCACUAAGAGUCACCCUAGGAGGCCACUUACAGAUUAGCACCGUGGGCCUUUGCGGGGUCUCUGCUUGGGCAGGGUUGAGAGUGGUUCGGAGUCAGGAGUAUGGUACUGUAUGGAUCUUGGGCAGGUGGGAGUGGCCACGGAGAGUGUUGGAGGGAUCGGUAUGAGCAGAAGCCUGGAGGGCAUCCAUGCUCAGGGAGAGAGAAGUUCAUCUGCUUGCUUGCCUAUCACACAGGGUAGUGAGUAUUUCUGCCUUAGUAAUUUUAUGCAACUAAUUUAUCCUCAGCCUGUUCCCUCCAAACUGCCUGCUCUGGCACAGUGAGGGUAUCUGAACUCACCUGGAAUAAUGAAGCCCCUUGCCGAAGAGUGGUAGCGCACUGCUCCCAGGCACCGCUGCGGCACCUACGGGACUAUUCGUGAGCACAGGCUGGGGUAGCUGGGCCCCUGGGGCCUAUGUUGGGCAGGCAAGGUGCCUAGAAAAAGUGAGUUUGAGUUCAGCUCCUGGCAUUUCCUUUGACUUCAGGUAUGAGUCCCCCAUCUUGAAUGUGCCUUCAGGCUCACCCCUAAAUGGUCCCAAGCUGGCCCCUGCCUGCACCACAGCAAGAGGCCUCUGCGCCAUGCCCCUCGAGGACAGGCCCUCGCCGAACAGUGCCAGCCUCCACACUAUGUGUAGCUCUGAGUGGCGGGCCCAGCCUUGUGUGCUCAUCAGAACCUAGCGGGCUCCACCCAGACCCUAGAUUUCCUCAUCUUGACAAACAGCCUUUGUUCCUUCUAAUGACAGAGCCCCUGGUUUAGCAAAUGUUCGCGAAGUUAGAAGCAUUUUAAUGCCUACUAAGUGCCAGGCACUAUUUACAGUGCAGGGACAGGGGAAUAAAACAAACUUGUGAGCCCCCUGCCACUUCCAUUCUACCGAGGAGGUGAUAAGAAGCUGGAAGCUUCCAUCUAUACUGUGUGCUGGGAUUUUUUGACUCAAGAUUGCCUUUUGAGCCUAUGAUUUAACACCCUUUCCUUACAAAGCCCUGCAGGAAGUCACUAGGCUUUCCCGACCCCUAAAAGAGACCCACAGGCUGAAGGGGGCCCAACGAGGGGUCGCUCUGCCACGGAGCACCGGGCUGACAACAAGGAGUGGGCACCUUGACGUCUGAGGCCAUCAAGCAAGUCUAAGUAGGGUAGGCUUAGCAGAGGCCAAAGGAUCAGUCUGAGCCCCAUGGGGCUCUGUGCAGAGUUUCGGGAACUGAAUUCUUAGAAACAGAAACACAAAAGCUAGUGUAAAGUCAUUACAUGCACGUGAUAUAAAAUCCCAGCCUUGGAAGAACCUAUCGAGCCGACUCCAAGAGGUAGUCUGCUCGUUCUGAGUUCGACUUUAACGAUAAUGACCGUAACCGGCACAAGCGAAUGCCUACACUGUGCCAGGCGCUGGUAAGGUAAGUGCCUACUUGCCCUUGUACGAGGGGGGCGGAGGCUUCAGAGGUGGAAGAAGCGAGUCCAGGCGGUGAGACUGCCCGCUUCCCCACUGCUCUGCUCCCCCUGUAAAUCGUCACGGGCUCUUCUCUCAUUGUGCUGCUGUUGCUUCGUGCUGACGAAAGCCUGGCAUAGAUGCUCUAGGAAAACGGGAUCGUGGCUUUAAAACGGAAAACACUCCGUCCGUUACCUGAAAGCAGUAGUUAAACUGUAACGUGCAUCAGGAUCCCCUGGAGAACUUGUUAAGACAUGGAUUUCUGGGCCUAACCCCGUGUCUGAUUUAGUAGGUCUGGGGCAAGGGCUGAGGAUUCGCAUUUUUAACGCCUUCCUAGAUGACGCUAUUCUGCUCUGGAGACCAGACGUUUGACUUUGGAGAAUCACUGCCUUUAAGUCUUUUCCUGUAAAUUGGGAACUGAAUGUUUUCAUUCCGUUAUUGGAAAUGCCCGUGCUACACAGAAACGCAGUUUGAGUCUUUGUUACUCAUGAUUCACCAAAACAAGCACACGCAUCUCUUAGUACUUUCAGAUGUCGGAGCCAAGCACCCGCAAACGCCACCCCACUGUCUCAGUCACUGGGCAGGUCUGAGACCAUCGAGGCAAGUCUCCCCCUGGGGGUAAAGCCAUAGGCUAGUCUCCGCCCCCUUGGUCUUGAGCUCCCACCCCUGCCCCGCCAUGCGCUGUGCCUUUGCUGGGGACAGUGCACCUGACAUGCUCCCUUAGGGCUGAGACUGAGCUGGCAUCCCACCCAAGAGCACAAUCCCUGUCUGGUCCAUUUUCUUCCAGUUCUUCCCCCAGGUCCUUGAUGCCGACUGCCCUCUGAGGUCUUGACCAUGACUUUCCUGACCUGUCUCUCUCUCCCUUGCUGCCCUCGUUGUCAAGUCCCUCCCGUAGGACACUGGUACCUGUUCUUCCUUUCUUCCCCUCUUCCCCUCCCUCCUCCCCAUUUCUUCCUUCAGCACAUAUUUCCUGAGGACUCGUUAUAUGCCUGUUUCAGUUACUGGGGGUACAAGCAGUACCCCUCCUUGCAGCCUAGAAGGCAAUGGUAAUUCACGUGAUGAGUGUUACGGGAGAGAGAGCGGGACAUCUGUCGGGGGCAGUCUAGGGGGACCCCUCUUUGUGAGCCACAGACUUCCUGAUCAUCUCCAUCUUCCUCCAGAACAUGUGCAUUCUGCACGUAUCUCUUUCCUCAAGAUACUGUUUCUUCCCAGUCCCAACACAUGCAGGCCACUCCUCCCCCUUAACCCCACAACUGGACCACGACUUCAUGUUGGCAUGGUUCACGACUGCCCGCUGCUGGCCAGGGCUGUGUCCAUAUCCUUGUUCCACAUCCCCCAUUGCCACAUGGGGAGGCUGUGCUCUCAGCUCUGCCACCUGCCCAGCUCCAGAACACUCCUGGCUAUCUUUCGCCACGUGUUUGACUCAUCACCGCAUCAUUCCCACCCCAAGAAACCACUGUCCAUGAUGAUGACCCACCCAGCAACCCAGCUUAGAGUUCUUUGGCCUUCCUCGUUCUCAAGAACGUAUUUUACUCUUCAGUCACACCCAUCACUAGAUUUUGUCACCUCCUGUCAACUGCUCUACCUCUGGCUUCUCCUCACAUUUUAGCCCACCAUAAUCCCAAACGGUGCAAGUACAGUUCUAGAUUCCUCCCAUUGGGAUGAGUGAA